GUGUUUUACAACGGCGCCAACGUGAAGCAGGUGGACGUGCCCACGCUGACCGGCUCCUUCGGUAUCCUGGCCUCUCACGUCCCCACCCUGCAGGUCCUCAAACCGGGAGUCGUGACGGUCUACGCUGAGGAUGGCACAGCCACCAAGUACUUCG